AUGGACCACGAUGCCCCUCACGCCAUGGCUGGCCAUGAAGGCCAUGAAGGCCAUAUGAUGCCAGGCCAUGAAGGCCAUACGAUGCCGGGACAUGAUGCGGAAGCGGCGGCGUGCAGCAUGGCUAUGGUGUGGAAUACAGAGACUAAAGGCAUGUGUAUUGUUCACCAAGCAUGGCAUGUACAAACGGAACAAGGCUUUGCCAUAUCGCUCGUGCUUAUUUUUGCGCUGGGUGUGGGAUAUGAGUUCCUGAAACUUCUGGGCCGCCAGUUGGAGGUAGCUAUAUUGCAUGCGGAGACGGCCCAUGGGCUACGAUCGCGACGUGAUCUGGAUGAAGCGACGCUGAUUCGCUCCCGCCCUUCGACACGGCGUGUGAUGCCUCUGAACACGGAGGAUCUGCUCGAUUUGGAUGUGACGAAACGACCUCCUAUUUUAUCGUAUAUACCCAGCUCGCUGCAUACGCCACAAGGUCUGCGUGGUGUGUCCUCCGUGAUCUACGGCAUCCAAGUCGCCUUGUCAUGCUUCCUCAUGCUGGUGAUGAUGACGUACAAUGCAUGGUUGAUAGGUGCCAUCGUUGUUGGUGCCAUGGUGGGAUCUUGUGGGUACGUCUAUACGCAGUGCAGUGUGUCAUUGAAUGUCUGA